AUGCAUUGGCUCUUGGUGGUGGUAGGAUGGUUUUUAUUAAUUAACCAAUCAAUCGGAUGUACACCACCUUCAUUUUCAAGCUUAAAUGUUGAACGAAACUUUAAUCUACACAGGUUUCUUGGUAUAUGGUAUGAAAUAAAAUGGUACACAACUGUAAAUAUUCCUCCAUCUGACGUAUGGACUGAUUAUGCUCAAUCAUUUCAAUUAAAACAUCGUUUUGGUCAAAGUCUUCUUGUUUAUGGUAAAGCACGAUUACAAACUGCACAAGAAUGUUUUUCAUUUGGUCCAUGGUUAGUACGAGCAAAUAAUGGUGCAAAAAUGAUUGUUGAAAAAGAAGAUCUUAAUAGUAAUACAAGACUCAACCGGCCUUAUUAUGUAUUAAAAACCGAUUAUAAAAAUUAUGCAUUAACAUAUACAUGUAUAUCAACAAAUUAUAACCUAAAUCAACCAUGUACGGAACGAAAUUUACAUCUAUUUAGUCGAAAGACAUCUUUAUCAUGGAGAUAUUUAGGUCCACUUUAUAAUUAUAUUAAAAAUGUCUUAUGUAUUGAUCAAACACAACUUACAACAAUUGUAUUUCAUCCAAGAACAUGUUUUAGAUCUCAUUACAGAAACUUCGGUAGCAGCGAAAGACAUGGUUAA